AUGGCAUGGAAAGUCUUAGGCAGCACUGGAAUUGACAGGAAGUGUUCACAAAAGUUAUGGAGAAGGAAGAGAUUUAAGAACAAGGGGGUCAUAGAGGAUAGUAACAAUGAUAGAGGAAUCAAUCUGACCUUGCGUAUCCUGAGGAUCUGGAAAAGAAUCACAGACAAGCCACGGAGGGAAAAGGAGUCAAUAUCGGUACAGCAGUUUGGUUUUAUCCCCGGCAGGAGUAUCACCGACGCCAUUUUCGCUUUACGGCAACUGAUGGGGAAGUACAGGGAAGGACAUAUACCUAAAAGCCAGACAAUGAUGCAAUGUGCAGCGGGAACCUUAGAUGAUUUUGAAGUUGCUAUUGGUCUACACCAGGGGUCAGCACUCAGCCCAUUCCUGUUUGCCAUUUUGAAGGAAUCUCCAUGA